CGUCCCCUCCCCCGCUGGCGGGGCCCGGACAGAAGAUGGUGCAGAAGAAAACAGCCGAACUUCAGGGCUUCCAUCGUUCGUUCAAGCCACUCCUUCCAGGUGGAAGGACGGAGACUUAUCAGAGCAUUGAUUGCAGUCCUCAUGGGAGCCAAACUCCUCAAUGGGCAAGGACAGGGACCGACUGCUGUCCCCAUUCUGCAGGUGAACAAACCAAGGGGCAGAAUCCUUUCGAGCUGGCCUUCUCCCUAGAACAGGCCCACCCCGGGGAGACUGACUUCAGCCUGGAGUGCCCAGCCCGCCCUGAUAUGCCCACGAGCCAGCCCAUUGACAUCCCAGACGCCAAGAAGAGGGGCAAGAAGAAGAAGCGGUGUCGGGCAACUGACAGCUUCUCAGGCAGGUUCGAAGAUGUCUACCAGCUACAGGAGGAUGUGCUUGGGGAGGGCGCCCAUGCCCGUGUGCAGACCUGCAUCAAUCUCAUCACCAACCAGGAGUAUGCGGUCAAGAUCAUCGAGAAGCAGCCGGGCCACAUUCGGAGUAGGGUUUUCCGAGAGGUGGAGAUGCUGUAUCAGUGCCAGGGACACAGGAAUGUUCUAGAGCUGAUUGAAUUCUUCGAGGAGGAAGACCGAUUCUACCUGGUGUUUGAGAAGAUGCGGGGCGGCUCCAUCCUAAGCCACAUUCACAAGCGACGACACUUCAAUGAGUUGGAGGCCAGCGUGGUGGUGCAGGACGUGGCCAGCGCCCUGGAUUUCCUGCACAACAAAGGCAUCGCCCACAGGGACCUAAAGUUGGAAAACAUCCUCUGUGAGCAUCCCAACCAGGUCUCCCCCGUUAAGAUCUGCGACUUUGACCUGGGCAGUGGCAUCAAACUCAAUGGGGACUGCUCCCCCAUCUCCACCCCGGAGCUGCUAACCCCAUGCGGCUCUGCAGAGUAUAUGGCCCCUGAGGUGGUGGAGGCCUUCAGCGAGGAGGCCAGCAUCUAUGACAAGCGCUGCGACCUCUGGAGCCUGGGUGUCAUCCUCUACAUCCUGCUCAGUGGCUACCCACCCUUUGUGGGCCACUGCGGCAGCGACUGCGGCUGGGACCGCGGUGAGGCUUGCCCGGCCUGCCAGAACAUGCUGUUCGAGAGCAUACAAGAGGGCAAGUAUGAGUUUCCAGAGAAGGACUGGGCCCACAUCUCCUUCGCUGCCAAAGACCUCAUCUCGAAGCUGCUGGUUCGAGACGCCAAGCAGAGGCUAAGUGCUGCCCAGGUCCUGCAGCACCCCUGGGUGCAGGGGUGCGCCCCAGAGAACACCCUGCCCACGCCCAUGGUUCUGCAGAGGAACAGCUGUGCCAAAGACCUCACAUCCUUCGCAGCUGAGGCCAUCGCCAUGAACCGGCAGCUGGCCCAGCGCGAGGAGGAUGCGUUGGAGGAGGUGGGGCAGGGCCAGCCCGUGGUCAUCCGAGCUACCUCACGCUACCUGCAUCUGUCCCCACCAUCCCAGUCCAAGCUGGCCCAGCGGCGGCAGCGAGCCAGCCUCUCUGCAGCCCCCGUGGUCCUGGUGGGGGACCAUGCAUGACCCCUCCCUUCUGCUGUACAUAGGUCACCCCCUCCCCCAUCAGAUCUCAAGAUUUUUUUUAAGCUAUUGCCAGCCAGUGACCAGCAGGCUGUGCAACACCCCCCACUCCCACCCCCCCUUGGGUUCUGAGGUGCUGUGCUCAGCUCAGCUCAGCUGGGGGGUAUCUUUUUAUAUAAAGUUUUUGCUGUUGGGUUUUCCUUUUUUUUUCUGUCCCCCACCCCCAUUUUUUUCCUUUGAAUGGUGUUAAAAGUAAACAGGCACCCUGGAGAAGAGCAGAGGGCACAUGUGCUGCGCAUGCCCCCACCCUGCCACCCUGGCCGUACAGGCUCAGCUGUACUGUGAAAGGCCUUGUGCCCAUGGUCCCUGCCCAAUGUGACUCAGGAGAGGAGGACAUUUGCUGUCUUCCAGAGCUGGGGGACCCGGGAACACACCUGCGCCCCUCCCCCUCCCCUGCCCUUAGUGUUCUCAAGGCCAGACUAACCCUGCACCUCCUUUCACCCGAAAGGCACCCUGGUGGCCAGGGGAGUCCUGGGUGUGGGCAGGUGGAGUGAACAGCCACCCACAUGGACCCCACCCCACCCCUAACUGAGAACCUUAAGUUGCAGCUGAUGGGGAAAGGCUGCACCCAUUACCACUACUCCCCACCCUCUCCACUGGGGACUCUGUCUACCUGGGGCAGGGGGAAGGGGCACUGGAGGAAUGGGAGGGGCUGGACUGGCACUCGUCAGCCAACAUGGGGGACCCGUAGAUCUCCCACCCCGGGCACCCCAGUGCCCCUUCUCAGGGCUCAGUCUGACCAUGGCCACGUCCUGCCCCCUGUCGACCCUUGAGUUGACACGGAAGCUCUGCCAGCCCUGUCUCCUCCCCUCCGUAGAGCCAGGGCUGACCCAGGUUCCCGAUGAAUCCCCCACCCGAAAGGCAGCAUUCCUGCUCUGCCCACCUUUAGGGGAAUGGCCUCCCUCAGGCACCCAGGAACCUCCCUGUCCUUCCCACCUCCCCACCCCAGAGUCCAGGUCAGAUGUCUAGUGACUUGCUGGGCUCAAGGAGACUCUGACUCCCCUCUUUGUCCUUAGGUGGGAAACACUAUGCAAUACAAGCUUUCUCUUCCUUCAGGCACGUGUUUCUGCCAGUGGGCGGCCCCCCAGCCCUCUUCAGGGCAGCUCGGCCUGGGCUCUGGCUGGGUCUUUCAGGCAGGCCAGCUGGAGAGCCCUCUGGCAUCUAGUUUUCAUCCUGUUUCAUUAGUAUUUUAAGAACAUCAGUUGACUUCCCUUUCCUGUUCUUGAAGAAUACUUGAAUGUCAGGGGGCCUUGGGGUUGGGGGUCUCAGACACUGCCUCCCCCAAGUCUUGUACAAUGGUUGCAGUCUGGGGGCUGAUGCCUGCCUGGCCAUCUGAAUCUGUGGACCGGCCUUUCCAAAGACCCCAGGGUGGGUGGCCACCCCCACCUCCAUCAUUUCUGGCCCAUUAGUGAUUCCAGGUAUCACGACUGGGAGUUCUGCCUUUCUGUAAAAGAACUGGGCCUCGCUGGCUACAGGCGGUGUGGUCAGUUCAGUCUGGAAAGCUGACUGUGAGCAGCAUUUUCUUCUCAAAGGUGGGGCAGCUACUUACUUUCCCCCCAUCACAUCUCCAGUGCAACCGGGAGGCUGGCCAGAACCGUCACUGUGAAUGAGGGCCUGGGCCCCAGGGAGUCCCAGGCUGUGAGGCUGCUCUGGUGCUGAGGGAAGGGGGAAUGGCAGUGUUUCCAUGUUAAUAUAGAAAAAAAAGACAAUUUUCUUUUAAAGUGGGGGAAAGACAUCCAAGCACUUUAACUCCACUGUACCAGGUAAACUGAUACAGCUCAAAAGUUUUCCUUGACACCAACUGUCAAUGCCGGAAUUUUGUAUUCUGUUUUGUAAGGAUUUAAUAAAACUCUUAAAAACUCA